UUAGCUUCCUCUGCUCCCUGUAUCCGGCCUUCGUUGUUCAAUUCAAUCUCUUCGUGUAACUGAUUUUCUGUUUUUUUGAUGAACUGAAUGAUGUAAUUGAUGAUAUAUAUGUGAAAUUCCACUGCCUGCAUUUGUCAAUUGUGUGUUAUGAGCAUGUUCCUGCAGUUGCUUCGAUCAAUUAAAAAUCUCAUGUUAUGGAUGGACUUGUUUUGUGGCUCAACGGUAACCAGUUUCAUUGUCGUGUUAAUGCUUCAAUUCUCUUCCUUUCUCUGUUUCAAUUCUUUUAUUUUUGUGGAUUGUACCGUUUUUUCAUCAGAGAGAUAAUUUGAUUUCGCGCAUCACUGCGUUAGCCUUAGAUUUUGAGGCGUGUGUGUUUGCGUGCGUUUCUUUAUGGAAUUUUUUUGGUGAUCCUUGAUAAUGGUGAUCUGGACUAUGAAAGAGAAUUGAUUUACUCUGUAAUAUCAUGAUUUUAUGAUUCAGAGAGACAGAGAGUGCAUAACGGACUUAUACUACGAUCUUAGGUAUAGAGUUGGCAUUAUUGAUUUAAUUUUGCAAUGUACUUGGUUUUGUGUGAUCUUACCAUGUGUUGUUUCUAAGAUAUCUUUUCCAUUUAAUGGUGUUUUGAGUGCAAAAUUCUGAAAAAAAAAAUUAAAUUUUGUUUUGGUAUAGUUUUUUAUUUUAUUUUAUAUUUCUUUUCGAUUUUGAUUUCUAGGGUAUACGGGCUCGAACGGUAGACCUUUAUUGUCCUAAGUGUAGUUGGGCACGACAAAGUUAGGUUAUACUUGCAAGUGAUGUAUUUUAAUUUACAGUGAGGUAGUUACAAAUUUACAAUAACAAACAUAGUGAUUAUUGGUGGAUUGGGGAUUAUGGCACUCAAUUGGAAAGUGUUGCACAAUGCAGCACGUGCCCGUUUGUUUCACUAACCCUGCAAUUAAGAGCCUCAAGCCACGAUAUAUGCCACGUGUAUAAAGUUUGCCCUUUAUACAUAUAUGUAUCAUGUUUCUGUUAUUAAUUGAGGAACUUGUAUGAUGGAAUGCUCGUCAGUUGGAUGUCCACCGGUUAACUUUCAUGCUAGAUGGUGAUCAAGGAAGCUUUAUACUUUCCAUGGCAAAGGGGAAGCUUAUAUUAAUUUGCCAAUCUGGUGGUAAAUUCAUUACCAACAGCGAUGGUACCUUGUCUUACGAAGCUGGAGAGGCUAAUGCUGUAAAUGUCAAUCAUGACACCCUAUUCGAGGACCUGAGGUUGAAGCUAGCAGAAAUGUCUAAUUUGGAUCAGAAAACAGUUUCGAUUAAAUACUUCCUUCCAGGAAACAGGCGGCAUCUCAUCACUUUGAGAAAUGAAAAAGACCUAAAGAGAAUGUUGGGUUUCCAUGAAAAUUCAGUGACUGCUGAUAUUUUCGUGGAUGGAAAAGAAGGAUUCGAUCAUGAUGCUGCAAAAUUAGAGUCUAGCAGGGACAGUAGCGUGAAGCUUGCCGAGACAGUAAACCAUAUUUCGAUACCUGCCUCUGCUUCUACUCUGGUCGCUGAUAAUGUUAAGAGUCCAGAUUGCCAUACCGAUGCUUCACCUGAUGAUACCGAACCACCUGUUUGUAUCCCUGCCGAUGUCUCAAGCCAUGACCAGCCACACUCUGCUGCACCACUUUCUGAACACGAUACUGAAAAUGGUGCCGACUAUAAGCCACUGUUGUUCGUCAAUUCUAACGCUGAUCAGAGCCCAGGUGGUGUAGACAUGAAUGGUAGCCCAGCAGAUACUGUCAAGAAGCGGAGGCGCACUGCAUCAUGGGCACUUGGUUCCCUCGGGACGACGAUAGUUUCUGUUUCCGAAAACGACGGCAGCAAGCGAAGGAGGAAAAACAACCAGGAGGACCAAAACGACGACGCAGUUGCAGGAACGAAUGAUCUCGAAAAUCCGUCCACCGUAUCUUUCUCGGCCGAUUCUUUACCGGAAAAGUUAGUAGCCUCGUGGAGAGACUGCAUUACAGGCGUCGGACAGGAUUUCAAGAGCGUGAAAGAGUUUCGACAGGCGCUGCAAAAGUAUGCUAUCGCUCACCGGUUUGUCUAUAAAUUGAAGAAGAACGACUCUAAUCGUGCAAGCGGUAUCUGCGUCGAAGAGGGCUGUUCUUGGAGCAUCCACGCCUCGUGGGUUCUUGCUUCUCAGACAUUUACAGUUAAGAAGUUCAACGAUUCGCAUACCUGCGGAGGGGCGUCUUGGAAGCACGCUCAUCCCGCGAAGAAGCUGUUGGUAAGCGUUAUUAAAGAUAAGUUACGGGAUUCUCCGCACCACAAUCCGAAGGCUAUUGCUCAAAGCAUUUCGCAGGACUUUGGGCUCGAACUAAAGUACACACAAGUACGACGAGGUAUCGAGGAUGCUCGGGAGCAACUCCACGGUUCGUACAAAGAGUCGUACAAUCGCUUGCCGUGGUUUUGUCGGAAGUUCGUCGAGAUGAAUCCGGGUAGCGUCGUCAACCUGAUUACUAAUGACGAGAAAAGACUCCGGUACCUUUUCGUCUCGUUUAAUCCCUUUGUCCGAAGCUUCCAGACUGCUUGCCGGCCUAUUCUCUUCCUCGACGCCGUAUCUAUGAAGUCAAAAUAUCAAGAGAGCUUGUUACUAGCGCUCGCCGUCGACGCCGACGACAGAUUCUUUCCGGUCGCGUUUACGAUAGUCGAUUCUGAAAACGAGCACAGUUGGCAUUGGUUUCUCGAGCAGCUGAAAUCGGAGGUAACGACUCCCUCGCCGAUAACUUUCGUCUCGGAUAUGGAGAAGGGACUAAGCAAAUCGUUACACGAGAUAUUCCCGAAUCAUUAUCACGGUUACGAUAUUUAUCGUCUUACGGAAAGCUUCAAGAGUAACUUGAAGGGUCCGUACCAUGGCGAAGGACGAGGCGUCUUGCCUGCGAAAUUUCUCGCCGCGUCCCGCGCAGUUCGACACAGUGCUUUCCGAUCUUCCAUGGAGCAGAUGAAACAGAUUUCGUCGAACGCUUAUGACUGGGUGAAUCAGAUCGAGCCGAGAAGCUGGGCGAGCUUCGCGUUCUGCGGCGAGCAGUACAAUCAUGUCGUACAGAAUGUCGCGGAACCGUAUGCGAAGCGGAUCGACGAAAUCCAGGAUUCGACGAUAACGCAGAAAAUCGAAGCCGUGGUUAAAAUGAUUGAAGAAAUGAUCAUCGGUCGUCGGACGGAGUCGAGCCAAUGGACAUCGAAGCUGACGCCGACGAACGAAAACAAGAUUCGAGCGGCGAGCCUCAAGGCUCAAGGGCUGAGAGUGUUCAUCUCGUCCGACGUACUCUUCGAGGUUCACGACGACUCGACGCACGUCAUCAAUAUUGAGCGGCGGGAAUGCACUUGCCUCGAGUGGAAAUGCAACGGGAUCCCGUGCUGCCAUGCCAUCGGCGCGUUCAACUACUUGGGGAAGAAUGUGUACGAGUACUGUCCGAACUACUGCAGCGUCGAGAGUUUCUGCCUGACGUAUUCCGAGCCGAUCAACCCUGUCCCCGAUUUUUCGAAAGAAGAUUCCGAUCUGGGCGAGGUGCAAGUGCUUCCGCCGGCAGCUGUGGCUGCCCCGAGAUCGACGACGACGACGACGACUCAACAGAAGAAGGAACAAACGAAAACGACGAUGACUGCGGCGGAGGAUCCCGACAAAAGGACCGUUACUUGCUCGAAGUGUAAAGAGGCUGGGCACAAUAAGGCUUCGUGUAAAGCCGUUUGAUUGUGUUUUUUUGGCAAUGUAAAGAGAAAACUAUUAAGUACAAAUUUCAUGUACAUUACUAUAAGUAGAUGGAUAUGCCAAUUUAAGAGAUAGGGUUUAUUGGAAUAUUAUCUAAGAAUUAGACAGUGGUUCUUCUGGAUAAAUGAUUUUUUUG